CUUUCUCAAUGCCCAGUAGGAACUCAAUAUGGAGGGCACUAAGUACUAAAUAUAACUGUUUUUUUCUCUUUCCAACUCUAAUUCCAGACUUAUCCGUUUGCGGUUGCGCAUUCCUGCUGGCUGGUCCGUUCCUGACUGGCCGACUGUCUCGUAGUGCUUUUCCUUCCCCCCUCUUCGGCCUCUUUUGCUUAUCAGGAGACUCAUUCCAUCCCCUACGUCGGUCGGUCUCACCCAAAACACCUUCCCACCAUUGGUAGACCUAUUUCUGUUUUAUGACGAUCGUUGCUUGAAU